UGUCCGCGCCAGCCUGGGACGUGCUUGGCCCUGCCCGCUCCCGCUCGCCCUGUCCGGCCUUCCCGCCUCGCCUCCUCGCCUCCUCCGCGCCUGGCAUGGCCCCCAGCACCGUGGCCGUGGAGCUGCUCAGCCCCAAAGAGAAAAACCGACUGCGGAAGCCGGUGGUGGAGAAGAUGCGCCGCGACCGCAUCAACAGCAGCAUCGAGCAGCUGAAGCUGCUGCUGGAGCAGGAGUUCGCGCGGCACCAGCCCAACUCCAAGCUGGAGAAGGCCGACAUCCUGGAGAUGGCCGUCAGCUACCUGAAGCACAGCAAAGCCUUCGUCGCCGCCGCCGGCCCCAAGAGCCUGCACCAGGACUACAGCGAAGGCUACUCGUGGUGCCUGCAGGAGGCCGUGCAGUUCCUGACGCUGCACGCCGCCAGCGACACGCAGAUGAAGCUGCUGUACCACUUCCAGCGGCCCCCGGCCGCGCCCGCCGCGCCCGCCAAGGAGCACAAGGCGCCCGGCGCCGCGCCCCCACCCUCCGCCAAGGCCACCGCCGCCGCCGCGCGCCAGCCCGCCUGCGGCCUCUGGCGGCCCUGGUGACCCGGCGGGACCUGCGGGCGCGCGGCCCGAGGACCAGAGGGCAAGUCCGCUCCUCCCGCCCGUAGGGAAGCGCCUUCCUGCCGCCGUCAGCCCCGGGCUCGGACGCUCCCUUCUCCGGAAGGCUCCGGCCCCAGGCUGGCCGGCCCGCAGCAGUCUUAUUCUCAGAGAAUGUGUAUGCAGAGUCCCUGCCAUUUAGGACAAUCAGGGCCCAGCUUCUGCCAAGUGUCUGACCCCAUGGGGUUGUUCUGUGUUUGCAUUUAAGCAAGUGACUUCUGCGAAGUCCCCGGCCGCCCGGGGUUCUAUGAUAUUUGUAGCGCUGGGGCUGGCACGCCGGUGCCCCCAGCCGUAGAGGACUUUCUUCAGGGCCCGUUGCUGCUGGGCGCACCCCUGGCAGGCGGGCUGUGCCGAGGGCACAUUUGCCUUUUGUGAAGGCCGAACUCAAGCUGUAUCCUCAUAGGAAACAGUGAUCAGCCUGGACAGGCGAGGAGGACCCUGUGGGCCGUGGCCAAAAGGCUCCAAAUGUGCCUGGCGGUCUGGCUGGGGCUCACAGUGGACCGUCUGGGGAGGGUGGGUGCCUCCACUAUGAUCCUUAAAGGAUUCCUCUGUGUGGGUGGGUGCACGUGGGCACGACUUUGUACUCAGAAAUUGAACUCUUGGUCACGUGGAAGCCACGGGACUGCUCUGAAGCAGCUAAUAAAAUCUGACUGUUCAGCCCCCUC